UCGAUCUUAGUGUCAUGCUUUUUGUAAAUUUCUAUACCUUAUAGGUUUUAUUUGACAAAUAUGGCGCAUGUUUAUAGACAAUUCGUUGUUAACAUGUUUUAUUCUAAAUGAAUGAGCUAAAUUUGACAAUGGAUAAUACAUAGAACUUCACAUCAUUAAACUGUUAUAACAUUAAUUGGAUUUAAGUAAAUUAUUUCUUCUGAGUGCGCUAAGACAAAGGAAACCAAAGAAAAUGGGAUUACUUAUGAGGAAAAGAAAAAAAGUGGAAAAACCUGUUACAAUAAAAAGGGGUGGAUUCAACGGAAAUGUUGAACAAGCGUUUAAAAAUAUAACGAAAGAAAUGCUACCAACCUCAAUGGAUGUUCAUGGUAUGGGAAAAUACCUCUGUAUAGGGGACUUUAUUUGUCUUUACUGUGAAGAAACUGAAGGAUAUGUUUACAGCAUACAAUCGAGCUGUAUGAACAAUGGAUUGAAUGUGUACACUAAUCAGGACAGAAAUCGACCUAGAAAUGUUCCGAAUCCUCAAGUAAUUGUCUUUCAAAUAACGAUUCAAAACAGAUACAAACUGAAUAAGAAACUUAGGAAGAUAGAGUUUAAUGAAAUUGACACAUCAGAAGUACACGAAUCUUCUAUUUCAAAGGCAGCAAAUAAGAAAAUAAAAGCGUCCGCUGAAGCGGAAAACAAAGACAAUGAAGCCGAACAGAAGCGACAGUUUGGGAAGAAAGUUCGUUACGGGGAGAUAAUUCAGCUUCGCCAUGUGUUCUCAGGGAAGUAUAUUCACUCCAGUACAACACAAACUAGCCAGAAAGAUAGAAACAAUAUGAGGAUUUCACUUCUGGAAUGUAAUGCCAAAAAUGCACAGUUUAAAAUACUACCUCGAUACAAAGUUAAAUCAGAAGGAGAAUUUGUACAGUUGUAUGACCAGGUCAUGCUUGAGAGUAUCAAAUCUCCUGGACAUUUCCUUCAUGCUAGUGAACCUUACAGAAUAGACCAUUUUACUAUUGCAUCUGAACUGAACUUAGGAGUGGAACGUUCAAGUUUUACGUUAGUGGGCAGCUUCCGUGAUUAUCCGGAUCAGUUCCAGUUUUUGAGGGGUGGGUCUGUCAUACGAUUGUUCCACAAAGAAUUAGAAGCCUAUGUGAUAGCUCAAGGAUUGUUCGGUCAAGAAGUUUCAGAAAAUGGUAAAACAUAUCAUAACAUUUCAAAAGCUCAUUUUCAAUUUGGUAUGUUUCGAGUAUCUUUUGUAGUUCAUUUCCGUAUUCGUGCCUUUGAUCCUUAUAAUCCGAAGACGAUAUCUCCAACAUCCUCUGGAAUUACCUACUGGCAGAUUGAAGCCGAGUCCAGUAUUCUCAAUGGUGAUGUGAUAAAAUGGGAACAACAGAUUCGUCUCCGUCAUAUGACAAACAGAAAAUACCUAUCUCUAGAUAACAAUUUAGAUGUGUGUUUAGUCGACGACAACGGUGAUCCUAGAACAGUAUUCAGAUUUCACUCUGUAAUCAAGGAGAUGGAUGAAAUAAAGUUUGAAAGUUAUACAAGAAUAGAACAUAUGUUGACUGGAUGUUGGUUACAUGCUUUGAAAGAUCAACCAUUUGAUAGGAAGAGUUUUAUGGAGAAAUAUGGGGUUCAAAAUAUGGACACAGAAACAGCAAAGUUACGACAUAUACUGGCCUCAAAUGAAAGCAUGUACGCCGAUGCAUACACAUUACAAUAUGUUCCACAAAAUGACGUGCAGAACUUCAACUACAUUGCGGGUAUAGUGCCAUUCCUAACCAACUUAAUCAAAGAUCUGAACGAUCUACCAGCACUUUCAGCUAGAAGAACAUAUUCUAUAGUAACAGCGCUAAAGGAUGUAAAAAACUUCUUGGGAGACAAUGGACUCCCGGUAAAACGGAGGCAAAAGCUACUCAGGAACUUGAAGGUUAUAGAUCUAUUGGUAGACCUUGUAAAAUGUCCACUGAGAACAGGAGAGGAACAGUUACAUCGUAUAAGGAUAUUCAAGGAGGCAUAUGAUGUUCUCCAUGCUUACAUGCUUGGGAGAAGUGGGAAGAAUGCUUUAUAUAUGGCUAAAUACAUUGACUUCUUUCAAACACAGUUCACACAAAAGGGUGGUAUAGGGAUAAACGUUGCUCAAAUGAUUGUUGAACUGAUGAGAGAUAAGAGGAAGCUAGUUGACAGAAUAACCACCACACACAUCGACAGAUUCAUUCAUCUUCUUGGUGAAACUAAGAAUUCAAUAUUUCUGAACCUGUUACAAGUGCUUUGUGUUUGUGAUAAAGUAUCUAUACUCAAUAACCAGACGUAUAUUACAGAACAAUGGCUACGACAAGACAUGGGAUACAAAUUUCAUGCAGCAAGAGGACAGAAUCUGAACAGAGAACCUAAUGUUAUGUUCAUGUCAUCUGAUAAUAAGGAGACAUGGGUUCCAAUGCAUCAGUUAGAUCCCUGUGAGGCUGGUGACAGUCCAUACAGAUUUUUACUGAAUCAGUUAGACUUGCUCAAGUCACUUUGCUUCGGUCGAAAUGAUUUUGCAGUCCAUACUAUCACAAGAGAAAAACCUAUAUUGCAAUGGGAGGAUGCUUACCUGUGCUUGACAUCUACACAGUUAAGCGAUCAACUGCGAGCCAAGUAUUGUGAAGUCAUCAUAGCUGCUUUUGUCGAAGUUGGAAGCAACUAUUCAGUUCUUGAUCAGCCAGAAUUAUGCUUUGUUUAUGAAUUUGUUGGAACAAAAGAUGGAGAAAGAGAAUCAACACAGGACGAACAAAGUCAGUUCAGUGUCGAGUCAUGUCAGGGUGUACGGGAUUUAGCAACACUGUUUCCCGUCUUGCGAGAUUUUAUAGUGGACUUUAUGGAAAGAAACAGUCAAAUGAUAGCAUCGGAAGUUGGUUUGAAUCAACUAAUUGAACAGCUUUUGUGUUUACUGAAGCACUUUGUUCGCUUUGGAUAUUUUGGAGAUCUUACAGAGAUAAACAAAAUCAUCAAACCUUUGAUUGCCGUACUUGAUGGGUCUACGGACGUACCAGUUCGUAAGGAUAAACGGAAAGGCUAUUCAAGAGAUGUCCAGAAACUUGUAAGUCAGUAUAGGAGCAGUGGACGAUAUGAACCAAACACUCAAACUGAAGCUGUUGUCAAUGCAAAAUACCAAGGUCUACAAGUUCUUGAUUUUCUUCUAACAUUCCAAAGAAAUCUACGGUUGAAGACAAUGGUUGAAAAGUUCAAGAUGAUCGAGUUUGAACAAAAACGCAAGAUAUCACUUAAAAUGACAGCACUUAUGUAUGACAAUUACAAUCCUAGGGACACGAACAAGAAAGCGUUAAGACAACAACAGACUAUAUUGAACGAGUUACGGGAAAUGUUUCAUGCAUCUGAUAUAUUUGAAAAGGACCAUUAUACAAAGAUUUUGAUGGAUAUUGCAGAGUACAAAUAUGACAAAAUGGUUUCAAAAUCUCUGGACAUUUUGAACAAGGCAUAUUCUUCCCAAAGCGACAUGUUCCAACUGGCAGAAAAGGCGCAGCUGUUGAUGACAUCAGAAUCAAUAAAAGUUCACAUUGAUGUACAACGAGAGUUACCCGUCCUCCAAAGAUUUGUCCGACAGAAAGCAAAUGAUUAUCAAGUGAAAGUAAUGGGAGAUAUUCUAGACGAAUUCAUCAGGUUGUGCACUUUACAGAAGGGAUGCGAUGAACCUCAUUUUGUAAACCAGAAAAUUUUGCUCAGUCAUGGUGUUUUGGAUACUAUCAGGGAGAUAUUGAGACAAGUAAUCGACCCACAGUUGGAGGAACAUUACCAUGGAAUGAAAUCAAUAUUUUCAAAAUCCCUAAAGCUUGUUCAGGUUUUAGCAAAAGACAAUAAGGAAGUUCAGGAAAGUCUAUUUUACCAUCUUGAUACUUUACUUGAAGUCAGCAUAGUGCCUUCGGAUUUAGCAUUGGCAUUGAAAGAGCUUUUUGUUGCAAAUCAAACAACGUGCCUUAAAAUAACAGAAACCCAUAUCAAAAAGCUUGUUUUACUGACAUGUGAACACACAAGUGAAGCACCAGAAUUCGUUGAUUUAUUGUACACGUUGGUAAAAGUUGAAGGACUUGAUUUGAAUAUCAAACGAAACCAAUCAUUGGUGAUGAAAUAUAUUAUGCAGAACUAUCAAACAGCUGCGUAUAUUUUGGAAAAACCACAAAAUGAAAGAGAGCAGAUACUCACAAAUACACAUUCCGAGAAAGGACAUCUUGCCUAUUAUGUGCGAUUUGUGGAUUUGCUUGCUGUCUGUGCUCAGGGAGAAAACAAGUUUAUAGAGUCACUAUGCCAAACAAUGUUACCUAUUGAGGAACUACUAUGGGUGAUGAAUCAUGGUUCAAUAGACAAUAUUGUCAAAACACCAUUUGUAAAGUUUAUGCACGAAGUAUACUUACAAUUUGUUGGAGACAUUAUAGAAAGUGGAGCAGCAGAUUUGCAACACAAUAAAGACAUGUGGGAAUUCCUAGACGAAAUUACACGAUCAAUUGGAAGAGCUGUAGCUGGACUAGACACCCAUAAAAACUCAAUUGGCGCCUUCCUAAAAACUAAACCGGACAGAAGCUUAAUGUCAAAUGAAACAUCAGCUGUGAAUAGUUUAAAAGACAGUGUAUACUUUUCAUUGGAAGCCGUUUUACCCUUUCUGAAGACAUAUUUUACACGAGUAUACACGCCAGAGAAAGAAAUUUAUCCUGACGAAAUAGAAACUGCUAACGGAAUCGCCCUCGCUGUAGCUGGAUUAUGUGAAGCUGUAGGACCAUAUUUAUCGGACCCACUUCAUAUGAAGACUGCAGUAACAACUUUGACCGUUCUUAUUCCACUUUCAACUGAACCAAAAUCUUUAUUUGAUAAAAUUCUAGACGAAGUUGCUAUAAAUCUUAAUGUUACUGACACCAGGAGUGAUAUUAAAAAGGGAAAUAUGGUUUACUAUACAAAUGAACUUCAGUUGAACACCAAAUUCCACACAUUUGCCAGAAAUUGCAAUAUAAUCAACAAAGGACAGAAUACAGUAAAGCAGCAAACAGGCUACAAGUCUAAAAGAGAAUAUACUGAACUUGGAUUAAGCAACGAAAUGCCACUCGGCGAAGAAUUUCAGAGUCUAGUGAAAUGUUUUGUUAACAGCAGAGAAAAGAAACCCGCUAAAAAGUAUGCAAUGGUUGGAAAGCUACUGCAGCAAUUAGAAAUAUCGGCAGACCUUUUCAAAAACUCGGCUGGUGCCGCUGCAGAAUAUGAUGAUCUGGAUAUUAAAUGUCUACAAAUUUUACGUGCCUGCAUCCAUAACGAAGAGAGAAAGUUACCAGAAGAUAUGGAUUCUAGAGCUGGAGAAUCGUCUGUUAAAAGGCAACUUGAACAUGUCAAAGAUGUACAGAAUGCUAUCAAUAAUCAUGAUUUUGUGAGGAAAGUAUUACCACAUAUAGCACGCAGAAAUGAUGCACUUGUGAGAGAGGUCCUUGCUAUGAUUUCAGGAAUGUUAUUUAACGCAAACAGACAGGUGCAGAAAUGCAUGUUGGAAUAUUUCCUAUCAACAAGAGAAGAGUUGUUUUUCAUGGCUCUCAGAGAACGUAUGGUAAUUGCAUCAAACUCCAUCAAAGAGAAACGAUCACUUCUUGCUCAGCAUCAAGCUAAAGUCUCUCAGGCAAAGCAUUCUGAUGAUCAGGAAUGUACUUCAGCAGUUGGACUGAAAAUUUUACAGACCAUUCAGACUUAUGAUAUACAGCUAAAAACAGAAAGACUACAUGGAUGGACCUUAGUUGGACACGCUUCACCGCCUCCAUCAAGGAAAAAGAAAGGGUUGUUUGCAGGAAAGGAUAAGAUACUAAAUGGAGAUUUUUACCAGAAUGGUAAACAAAAGGAUUUGGCUGUGUUUGCCCUGCCUCUAGAGGAAGCUGAUGAAGAUGAGGAAGAAAAAAGCGCUCUAUCUGAUAUGAUGCAGUACAACGAUGAUGGUUAUAUAGAACUUGUUGUAGAACUUUUAGCAAGGAUAUGCGAUGGACAAAAUGCCGACUUACAGAAUUAUCUUAGAGAGCAACCAGACAACGUGAAAUCAUUCAACAUUGUAGCUGAGACAACACAGUUCUUAAAUGUAGUUUAUUCCGCCAUUACAAAAAGAACCAUUGGUCUGGCUGUCGGAGUUUUCUCGAGCUUAAAUGAAUUUUGUGCGGGUAACCAAGAAAAUAGGGUUGUCUUGUACGGAAACAAAAUCGUUGACUACAUAAAUUUCAUCCUUCGAUCUGGCGAUGUUGGCGAUUGUCCACCUGAGAAGGUACUCGAGUUGCGACAGAUAAUAGGAGGAGUUGUGUUGUCAAUGAUUGAAGAAAAUGGUCCAGAAAAGACUGCAGUCGCAACAGAAGUCAAAGAUACCAUUGAUAAACAAGCUUUGCUACAGUGUAUGACAAACUGUUAUAAGAUGUGUCAGUCAGACCAAAUACAUUUAGAAGAUAUUGUAAAGACAGAAAACGUGGAAGUGGAUACAGUACUAGUAGGUUCAGUGAAAAAUCUUGCAUCUGUUGGUGGAGGCCUAUUGAACCGGAUAAUGGGAAACAAAAAUGUUCAAGAGCGGGACAGUGUUACAGAAACCGGAUAUCUGUUUUACCUUAUAUGGGCAAGGAUGUUGGAUAUAGAUCCAAAUUUGCACAAAAAAGUAACAAUUAGUGCUACACACCAGAAAGCAAUUGAUUUUUAUAAGAAGAGCUGUCUAUCCAUUGAAAUCGUCAAGGAAGAUGUCUUACAAAAAGUCAACUUUAGAGUGGAAAAUAAAAGUCUACUGCGAGAUGAAGUAAAAGAAAAUCUAAAGUGGAAUGUUGACAGGACUUCUCCUAGUAACAAAAUUCGGGAUUUGAUGGGAUGGACAUCAGACAUAUUAAAAGACAUAAGCUAUCAACGAAAAAUAUUGCAGAAACCAAUAUCAAAGAUGUUUACAAAAUUGUGGUUGAUAUGGAACUUUGGUGCAUUUUUCCUGAGUGUUGCAAUCAACUUGCUGAUGCUGUAUUCAUGGAAUGCAAAAGCUUCAUUGGAAGAUUACCAAAAGAUAAAUGGCAAUCAGACAAUAGACUGGAAUGGAAUAGCAGAUCCAGAUCCAAUAAUUAAAGGGUUGAAUAGGCAGCUGUACGAUGUGAUAAUGUAUGCGUUUAUGGGAACUCAUAAUUUCUUUUCUUUGAUGGUGCUAAUUAGUUAUGUGUUGCUCAAUCAUCCAAGAUUUCCUACGCUGGCAGAAAUCUCUGCGCCAUUUAAGUGCUUCUCUCGCAAAGAGGAAAACACUGAAGAUGGAGCACAUGACAAUGAUUCAGGUGCAUCUCGUUUGGAUGCAAAAGUGCUGAGUUUUACAACAUUUUAUUUUCUUUUGUUCCUGACUUUAUCAGUAUUAGGAACAGUGUUUCAUGGAUAUUUUUUUGCAUUCCAUUUAUUGAACAUUGUGGUCAACAAUCAACUUCUGAGUGGAGUCAUCAAAUCUGUUACCCAGAAUGGAUGGUCCUUGCUGUGGGUAGCUAUCCUGGGAUUAAUUGUGAUAUACAUAUAUGCACUGAUUGGAUUUUCUCUAUUGAGAUCGUUUUUUGAUCCCUCAAAUUAUUUAUAUUGUCAUACUCUAUGGCAAUGUACUAUUACAGUUGUGAGAUAUGGUCUCAUAGGUGACAUGUUUGAUUCUGUAUCGCAGUCAGAUGAUCGUCAUGGAGAUUUUGCUCACUUUUGGCCACUCGUUUUGUAUCACGUGUCUUUCUUUAUAUUUAUCACAACAAUUGGUCUAAAUAUUAUAUUUGGUAUAAUUGUGGAUACCUUUUCAGAACUACGGGAUUUAAAGUGGCGUGCUGAGUCAGAUAUGAGGGAAUGUUGUUUUAUAUGUAGUAGGAACAGCUAUGAUUUUGAACAUACUGGAAAGGGAUUUCAGUACCAUGUAGGGCACGAACAUAGCAUGUGGGCAUACAUUUUGUUCUUUAUACAUCUAGACAAUAUCAAACCAUCGGAUUAUACUGCGCUGGAACUUUUUGUGGCCGCACUGUGGAAAAAGGAAAACUUCGAUUUCUUUCCAAUGAACAGAGCUUUAUGUUUAGCAAGUGCCGAUGACGACGCAAAUGAUGCUAAACUUGAAGAAGUGCUAUCCAAAGUCGCUAUGAUUCAUAGAAAGCAAAUGGAAGAGGAAAUUGAAAAGAAACGUCGUAAAGAAAAGCUUCGACAGAAACGUUGGCAUGAGAGACACAGGGCAUAUGUUUUUGAUGUAUCACAAGCUGCAGGCCAAGAAACUCCUCCUUUGUCUAAACGGAAACCAUCAGGAAAAACUGAGCAUGAAACAUUUACAUUAAAAUCUGAAGAUGGGUCAAGUAUCUUAAGAACAGAAGAUGAUGACAGACAUUCGGGUUUUUCGGACGUUGACUCGAUAGGAAGCUACGACGAGACACCAAGACGACCGACGCGGGCAAGGUCAGCGACACCUGAAGAAUCUACUAAACUGUAACAGCCAUAUAACACGAAUCAAAUUUUAAAAAGUCUUCGAAUGAGAGAGUCGUAAAGACAAAUGUAGAGCUAUCUCCUAAAAUAUUGAAGAUCAUAUUUCAAAAGGAUAUACUUGUUAUGUUUAUAUUUUAAGAAUAACACGUGAAAUAAUAGAAUAACAUUUAAUUUUAAAGAUAAAAUGCAAUUGAAUGUAAAUACAAAAAGUCACAAUUAUUUUAUUCAGCGUAUUAUUUUUGAAACGGGUACUUUUCCCAUUGUUCACUGCAACACAAGAUUUACAAAUCCGGAAUAAAGAAAACUUUCGCUCUUGUAUAAUAGUUUAUGCUCCAAUGCUCCUCAUUCACGUAACUCUCUUGUCGCAAAUGUAUACUCUUUCAUAUAAAGAUUCCUUAACAACAUCCGCUGUCCUACUUUAGAACAACUUAGAUCGAAGAACGAUUAGACAAGCACCUACUGAUAAUUUAUUUACAAAUAGGAAAGGUGAUAUUAAUGGUGCAUUUGAAGACCAUAAUAUAAUGUUGCCUCCAAAAGAUUUUAUCUGGUACGGUCUGUUGUCCUGUUAUGUUUAAAGGAAACGGUUUGCGCAUGUUUUGAUAUGCUUUUACUCUUAUUAUACCUUUAUCUAUUGAACUUGUUUUUAAUUCAUAACAAUUUGUUUAUUAUCCAUAUAUAGUUUAUAAUUCUAUAGUGGAGUACACCUCCUAAGCUUAUCACUUGUGACUAUUCCAUUGUCAUGUAGUUGAUAUUAUUACAAUAUAAAAUACUAUUUACAAAAUAUUUACAAAAUAAAGUAAAUACAGGAACUAAGUUUAGUGUACUGUAUGUUACUGUUAUUAUUGGAAACUGCCUACAUGUAUGUGCUUUUGUUAUUAAAGAGAAAGUUGAUAUUAGCAGAAUAUUUCCGCUGUUCGUUGUUGUUCAGUGGUCGUCCUGUUUUCUCGUAUACUUUUAUAUUUUAUAAAUGUAAAGACAUAUUGAUUUUAAAGCAUUUAUAUGUGUGAUAUUACAUAAACGUAUGUCGUUUUAAAAGAAUUAAUAUGUAUGUAAUAUGUAUUGGAAUAAGUCAAUGCAUAUAUCAAUGCAUAUAUACAUAGCUGUAUAUAUCUAACUGUUUUAGAGAAUAAUGAUACAUUUUAUAUAUAAACAUCAUGUUCUUAAAAUUUUGAUAUUUGUUUCCAACAGUACUAGUGAAAAUCGAAACAGCACCACAAUUCUUAAUAUAUUACUGAAUUUUUAUUACUUUGAUUAAAAUAUUCACUUAUAAUACAUGAUUGUAUAAAACAAUGUUUUUGCUUUUUUAUAAAACGGUCAUUGAAGCGUUUUAUUUUCACGUGCCAUGAUGGAGGCCUUUUGGUACAUGUAAAUUUCUUUUUUGAAAAAAAGUUUAUAAAAAUGAAUCAUAUGUUCUUCAAUUGACCUCAAGGGUA